GGCCGGCUGCAGCAAGAAGCAAACGCAAAUUUGGUCUUGUAAGGAGAGGCGGACGUGUGAAUCGGGUCAAGCAAAAGUGGGCCAAGACCAUGCAAUAGAAUAGGCAAACUAGUGAGAAGACGCACACUGCCAAGACUACAGCAAGGAGACAGUGGACGAGUGUCAUCAUGGAGCUGCGUGAGCUGCGCGGCAGCGCCACGGCCGGCAACACAAGCAGCAGCACUAGCAACAGUAACAGUGGCAUCAGUGGCGGCGGAGGCGUCGAAUUGGGGGGAAUCUGCAUUGGGAGCGCCGGCGGUGAUGGCGUCCAGCGUGUGCCCACCAAGGCGGACCUAUUCAUGGAGCAGCUGAAUGCCACAAAUGCCAAAAAGGUGGCCCUACUCCUAGUCCUGGGCUUCAUCCUCUACCAUGGCCUGCUCAAUUGGAACUACGGCAGCGACUCCUGCCAGUGGCUGCUGUCGAAGGGCCGCUUCAAGGGCGAUAACGAGUGGCAGCCGUAUGGGUGCAUGGUCCACAAAUACUCCCUCACCGACACGCGGCGAUGCCUGCGAUACCUGGCCUUCUUCGACAACAAGAACAACUUUGUGUUCAUUGGAGACGAGAGCGUCCGCCUGCUCUACGAGCGGUUCAUCGAGCAGCUGCGCCAGCUGCCACUGUCCUCCGACGAGGACAACAACGGGUCAUCACGGGCCCACGACGACAGUGCAGCGGUUCGAUUCGAGGACAACAAGCUGCACAUGCUGGCCCAGUACAUCAGAGCCGAAGAUGUCAGUCCUUCGCUCAUCGAUCGACUGUACAGGUUGGAGGCCGAGAAGCAGCUGUCCUCCGUGUACGUGGUGGGGCUGACCUAUUCGGGCCUGCUUGGCGGGAAUAUAACUGAGGAAGUGCUGCGACAGUACGGUGCAAAUCUCACCCUGCUGGUAGCCCCCUUUCAUCGUCUGGUGGCGCAGACAUCGCGUGUACUCUGGAAAUUGGCCGAUCGCGUAGACGAAGAAAAGCUACCGACCGCCUGGAAGUUACUGCUCAAUGAGGACAUCGAUCGGCUUAAUCAUGUGGCCCGCAACGUCUUUCGCUACACGGAGGCCACCGUCUGGGAGUCAGCCUGGCACAUUGCCAACGGUCUUCUGGACACCGCCAUCGACGGACAUCAGCUGUGUGCUCACGGCCAGCGGCUGGAGGUGCAGCUCCUGUGGAACAUGUACUGCAACGACUACAUGAAUUACAACGACGGCACCUGCUGCAGCAGCUCGGAGCCCCAUACAACGCUCCAGAUUGUGGCGUACGCCCUGUUCGGCGUCUGCAUGACGCUCGUCUGCGGCAUGUGCCUGCGUCGCUGGCUUCUCCAUCUGCGUGGCUACACGCUCUACGUGCCUCUCCAGCAGCAUCAGCAGGAUCCGCAUCAGCAUCAGCCAAACAGCGGAGGAAGAGGCGGUGGUCCCACCCAUGCCCUGUCCGCACUGAUCACGGACUAUGGGACCCCGAUGGUGGCGCUGUCUCUGCUCGGCCUGAUCAUGGUCUACUUCUAUCUAUGCGACCGCACAAACUUCUUUAUGAAGGAGAACAAGUACUACUCGGAGUUCAGCUUCUGGAUACCCGUGGGCUAUGUGUUCGCCCUGGGUCUGUUCUUUACGGAGGACUCGCGCUUCACCAAGGUCCUGAACAGAGACCAGACAGACGAGCUCCGCGGCUGGAUAUUGCUGGUGGUGUUGAUAUAUUACAUGACGGGGGCACAACGCGUGCUGCCCAUUCAUAUGCACAUCAAGCUGCUCAUCUCGGGCUACUUCUUCCUCACCGGAUACACACACUUCACUCACCUCUGGCAGACGGGGGGCAGCGGGUCAUUGUUUGUCCGCUUCUUCCAGGCCAUGUUCCGGGUAAACUUCCUCAGUGUGCUGCUCUGCUUCUGCAUGAACCGUCCAUACCAGUUUUACUACUUUGUGCCGCUUCUCUCCUUCUGGCUGUGCAUCAUCUACUUUGUGCUGUCGCUGCCGCCGAGGAUUUCGUCCGCAUCGGUGGACUCAAAUCCGCUGCACUACCUCUACUUGGUGUGCAAAUGCAUCGGCUGCCUGGGCGUGAUCACGGUACUGUUCAUGUCCGAGGUCUUCUUCGAGCGCAUCUUUGUGACGCGACCAUGGAAGGCACUAUUUGUCACCACUGACGACGACCUGCACGAGUGGUGGCACCAGUGGAAGCUGGACCGGUACACAGUCACCUUUGGAAUGAUGUACGCCGCCUGUUUCCACAUUGCCCAGAAGUACAAUGUCUUUGAUGACAACAACCAUGGCAAUUUGUUCGCGCGUCGCACCUCCAUCUCAGUGACGCUACUGGCCCUCCUGGGCGUGGGAAUCUACACGUCCUUCUCGUUCCUGUGCCGAAACGUACAGAACUGCGAGGAGAUCCACUCGUACAUUCUCUUUAUACCCAUUGUCGGGUAUGUGGUACUGCGCAACAUCUCAGGGAUACUGCGCACCAGGUACUCCAGCUUCUUCGCCUGGUUUGGGCGAAUCUCGCUGGAGUUGUUUGUCUGCCAAUACCACAUCUGGCUUGCUGCCGACCGCCACGGGGUGCUCGUCCUGCUGCCCGGCUUCCCCACGCUCAACAUGAUCAUCACUUCGUUCAUCUUUGUCUGCGUCUCGCAUGAGGUACACCGCCUGACCCAUAUCCUGCUGCCCUACGCCGUGCCCAAUGACUGGCGUCUCGUCAUGCGCAACUUUGUCAUCUUUCUCAUUGUGCUCAUCCCUGUGGCCCGGUCCGAUGGCAUGUUCUGAGCACAAUUCAAUUGUCGCCGGCUCAUGUCCAACGUGUACCCGCCCGCCACGCAAUCACAUGGAUAUGUUUAUAUAGCGUGCCAUUGCUGUAAGCCAAUUGUAGUUAAGCCUUCUCGCCAAUUCUCUCGAUGGCAUGUAAUAUUUAUGCAUUCAUUCGAUGAAGAUCUUUAAAAGAUAGGAGCCCCCCUUUGAAAACUUACUUGAUUUGUUAUCUAACUCGAUUACCAUUCGAUUACUACCGUGCAAUACCCUUUACUUGCAAUUGAUUAUUUACUUUGUUAUUUUUGGAAUACUCUAUUCUCUUUAUAUUGAUUUGUUUAUUGUCCAAAGACUGACCUAAUUCCAUUUAAAAGUGAAAACUAUUUUCUAGCCAAAUUUAUGUAAACCGAUCGGAUAGCUUGAAACUGAACGUGCAAUUGUCUUAUAGUUUUGAAACGCAAUAUAUACACCCUUAUUUACAUAUUUAGAUAUCUCUUACGGCCGCGCAAAUAAGUAUACAAACAUUUACGUAUAACAAUAUAUUUUACGCAUAUGUAUACCAUCUAGAAUUAACUUAGCCUUACGAGAAAUUUGCACAAAUUACUUAAAAUUUCACUGAUACAAACACACCCACACUCACACGAAGCGGCAACCAAAUGUAUGUAUAGCGCAAGAAAAUAAAGCAUUGAAAAUACUUACAAAA